AUCACGGUAGGGUCCGUCAGUCUCUAUUCAUGUAUGGUUCGCGACGGUUGUUCUACGAGCUUAGAAGUGCUAGCUUUCGCGUGAUCUCUUUGUUUUCGUGAUUCGAUAAAAUGUGGCCAAUGAAUUAAUAACUGUAUGUUAGAAUCCUGUCACGUUAAUUCGUAAUACAUAAUCCUGCCUGCGUUAGUGCUGUCAAGUGAUGGAUAGGAUCACCCCACCAAGGAUUAAAGUUGUCAACACCUUCGAGAGUCUCGAUAUCAAUAAUGGUUUUAUAGUGUAUUGUGGUCGUGAAUUUAAUGUUGAAAGUUUAUAGUGAUCAUACAUAAUAUACAGCCAAUAACAUCCAGCACCAAUCCAGAUUAUCCAGAAUAAAGAAACUCGGAUUAAUCGGUAUACUCAAAGUGAAAUUUAUUAUAAUAAAAAACAAGAACAUUUAAGUUGCUGUGAAAUUAUUUUAGAGUAAUUUCGUGUCCAAAAAGUGCUUUCAAGAAAUAUACCUUGAAUUCGUGAAUAAAUCAAAAUAGUACUCAACCAACAUAGUGACUAUUUUCGAUACGUGAAAAAAAAAAACGCUUCAAAAUUUUGACGGAAAACGGUAAAGCGCCCCCUAGGGCUGUCGCUCUGGCGUCCUAUAUAGGGGAAGGAUUUUCAGCUGUGGGAGCCCGCGCACCACCAGCGAAAGACCUAAUGGCUUUUGGUUCCGUACUGCAACAUAAUCAACACAAUAUUGGUCGUGGUGAGCCACCAUCCGGAGCCGGAGACCCAUGCGCCGGAUGUAACAAGCCAAUCCUAGAUAAAUUUCUUCUAAAUGUACUGGAAAGAGGCUGGCAUGCGUCAUGCGUGCGGUGUUGUGAAUGUCAUCAGCCUCUUUCAGACAAAUGCUUUAGCCGAGAGGCUAAACUCUAUUGUAGGAACGACUUUUUUAGGCGUUAUGGUACAAAGUGCAGUGGUUGUGGUCAAGGCAUUGCGCCUUCGGAUUUAGUGCGAAAACCGCGAGAUAAAGUGUUUCAUUUGAAUUGUUUUACGUGUUGCAUUUGUAGAAAACAGCUGAGUACCGGAGAACAGCUAUAUGUUUUAGACGACAAUAAAUUUAUCUGUAAGGAUGAUUAUCUUCUUGGAAAAGGACCGCACUCAUCAUCGAUGACAGACUCUUUGAUUGGUUCUGGAUCAGAAGAUGAAGAUGAAGAUGAGCACCUGAGGCCUGGUUUAGGCUUGGGGUCGUUGGGACCAAAUGAUGGACCACUGGGUGCAUCAGAUUUAUCUGUUCAAAGCAUGAGUACGGACAGUAAAACAGGUCACGAUGAUAGUGAUCAGGGUUCGUUAGAUGGCGACCCGGAUUGUCGAGGAGACUCACAGGCCGAGAAUAAGAGCCCCGACGAUGGUGGUGGAUCUAAGAGAAGAGGUCCUCGGACAACGAUAAAAGCCAAACAAUUAGAAGUGCUAAAAACUGCAUUUAGUCAAACGCCAAAACCGACGAGGCACAUUAGAGAACAAUUAGCCAAAGAAACUGGACUGCCAAUGCGAGUAAUACAGGUGUGGUUUCAAAACAAACGAUCGAAGGAGCGCAGAUUAAAACAGCUGACCAGUAUGGGUCGUGGCCCAUUUUUCGGAGGUGCCCGAAAAAUGCGCGGAUUUCCAAUGAACUUGUCCCCUGGUGGGCUAGAUGAGCCAGGGUUUCCUUACUUUGCAUCAGAUGGGAAAUUUGAUUUUGGUUAUGGUGGCCCUCCGUUCCAUCCUCAUGAUGCGCCGUUUUUUCCUGGUCACCCUGGGGGACCAAUGCCUUUCAACGCACCCGGAGGACCUAUGGACCACGCCGGACCGAUCCCUAUGGUGAACGAGUUUAGUGGUUUAACACCAGAGACGAACUUUCUUAAUCAACCAAAUGGUCCACCUGGAAAUGCUACUACUGGCGGAAGCGCACCUGAAAACCUAAUGGGCAAUCCCCGACCGGGCAGCCCAGAAUUUAUGACAGCCUCUGGAAAUUUCUCUGAGCCUCAGACUAUGCAAAACGAAGGACUGGUUUGGUAAAAUUUACUUAAUUUUCUUAGAAUAAUUUAGUGAUGAUUUAAAUAAGUAAUUUAUUUUUUUUGUUGAUUAUUUAUAACUAUUGCUAAACCCAACAAAUAUACACAUUCAGCUGCCAUUGAAGACUUACAUCCUUCCUGUUAGGAACUUUUUUCAACUGAAGCUGAUGCAUCACUUCCAUUACUUCUGAGAAUGUUUCUCAGUUUAUGCACAAUGGUGGCACGGAAAAUACACGCAGAAAAAAGCAUGGUAAAAUCAAACAUAUUUCAGGUAAACUCAAAUAAAUUGCCAAUUUGUUCUGGCAACAAAAAUAAAACUGUUUGGAGCAAAUCGAACGUCACAUUUGAAGCAAAUUCAAUCCAUUUUUGAAACAAACAUGUAUCUUCUGACUGGUUAUGUUAGAAACAAAUGUAAAAAUUUUCGUUUUUUUUGUGGCAGGUCGGCCCUACGGAAGUAUUUGUUUUCCAAUUAAAUUUACAAAACUAUUUCCUUCUCUAGGAAAAUCCACUUCCCGCGUGGCAAUUUCAAUGCCAACAUCAUGUAGAUAACAUACGCUUCCGAAAUCAAUGGGAUUUCGUGGAAACUUUUGGUGAAACUUGCCUUUUUUGCAAGAGGAAAUCUUGUUUGGUGAUGCAGUUGGAACUUGAGAGUUUUGUUUAUGUUCUCGACGGCGGAACGGGGGGCUCUUCAAUGGGUAUUGUAGAAAUCAAUAUGUAAUUGAGUUUGUUUUAAAAAUUCAUAUUUUAGUUUUAAAUAUUUUAUCAGUUUACCGAAUAAACAAAAAUAUUUUUGUUUCAAACGAACGAAAUUUGUCUCCGUGUAACAUGACAUAUACAUGGGGAUUCCGGUGACCAGACUUUGUCACGAGAUAACAACCAUCAUGUUGUAUUCCGAAAAUAUCCAGUGAAUUUAGCUCACCCUGCUACAACAAACCAUCAGGUAGAUCAUUCCGUUCCGGUAUGACUCCCAUAGGUAAUACUUGCGCUGAUGGUGGGUAACAAUCAUCAGCAGCAUCAUCAUCAUCAUCAAUAGUGACAUGAAAAAAAGAAAAUAACUUGUUCAGACAACAAAUCGUUGGCAGCAUUGAAAAAUGUCUUGUUAAAACGAGCACCACUAAAAUUUUCAAAAGAAUUAGAAAAAAAUCACUUAUGCAAUCCAUUAAUUAAUUAAUAGUGAAUCGGUAUCUUGAUCUAGAAGAUGCUUUGACAAGCAUUAAAAUCUCCAUUCAAAUUUUAAUGUUGCUGGAGUUUUCACCAUUUCUCAAACUAUGGAAUUUGUAUCGGAGGUUUAAAGUCAUUUGAAGUUCUGAAAUUAAAUUUUGUUUUGAUUCAAAAAUGUUAUGUUUGGAAACGUUAUUGAGUUUUGAUUUUUUUUUAAUUUUUAUUACUGUGUAUUUUAACUUAUGCUAAUUCUACACUUACUGAGUUUUGAAAUUGACGCAACUGUUUCCAUAAUCUUGAAUGUUUCGCCAUUUCUAUUUUCAGUAUUUUGACACAUGUGUCAAUUACAAAUUACAUACUUACUUUUAGUCAAGCGUAGUAGUUCAUAAAGCCGACGGGAAAGAUUAUUUUUAUUCUGUGCGAUUGCCCUGAAUUCUGCCAGGUUAUUUUAACUAAUAGUGAACCCCUUAGAAGCUGCAAAUAGCCUUAAUGACGAAAACAGUAUGAUAUCCUAAUUGAAUUGUCUUUUUAUCAAACAUUGUGCAGCAUGCUUUACGUCUUUCCUACAUUUUGUACAAAAACAUAUUGCAAAAUCAACAAUAUUUGUCAUAAAAUAAUCAUUUCAAAUCUAGCUUAAAUUAUCCUACAGUGGUCCCCCGGGGUCCAUGAGCCAUCUUCUCCGGUGGAAGUUUACCGGGAGAAACAGAUUUGAGUAGAAAAUAAAUGAAAAAUUUAAGGGUUCCACUAUUGGUUAAGGGUCUAUUAUUGGCUAAAAUACUCUAUCUCUGCUGACUUCAAGAUUAACGCUUAUUUCUAGAUUUCCUUUCUGCCCCGCGUAGAGUGUGGCCGAUCCACCCAAUGAUAGUAGGAUACGAAUGCCAAUGAGGUACAUAUACAGGUGGCGCAGAUAAACAUUGUGAACCACUAGUUGUCUCUUUUGUUGUACCGAUGAUCUUAUGUAACUCAAUUAGUGACGUCACUAAUUGAGUUGCAUAAGAUCAGCGGUAGAAUAAAAGAGACAACUACAGUGCGAGAAAUAAGUAUAAAGACAGAGCCGUUUUCCAUACAAAAUAAUCAUGUUUAGGGAUCAAAAUAUCUUUUUCUAGCGAUUCGAUUGUUAUGGAAUUUUGUCUGCCACCUUAAAAUUACUAGAAUUUUGGCUAGAAAUAUAAAUCAUCAUCCAUGAAAACGUUUAUAUCGACUUUUCAGAUUCAAAUAAAUAUAAAGACACAUUUUUAUAUGGAAAUCAGUGUCUUUAUAUUUAAUUGAAUCUGAAAAGUCGAUAUAAACGUUUUCAUGGAUGAUGAUUUAUGUUUCUUGUCAAAAUUCUAGUUAUUUUAAGGUGGCAGACAAAAUUCCAUAACAAUCGAAUCGCUAGAAAAAGAGAUUUUGAUCCCUAAACAUGAUUAUUUUGUAUGGAAAACGGCCCUGUCUUUAUACUUAUUUCCCGCACUGUAGUGGUUCGCAAUGUUUAUCUGCGCCACCUGUAUCUGUACCUCAUUGUACGAGUGCCACCCAGUGGUGUAUCCAGAAAUUGUCUCUGGGAGGGGUUUUCAACGGUUAAUAGGCCUAAUCAGAAGACGUUUAAAAUCAGCUGAUUUUGGGGGCCUUUGACAGUUCGCCUAUGAAAAUGACAGUUUAGCGUUUGCGCCUUUGUUCGGCAGUUGUAAACAGUGGCAUACACGGAUCUGUCAACUAAAAAGGCCUAUGAUACCUAUUUGGAUUCGACACUUACAUUUGUGGGGAGUCGAAAUGACUACCUCGCAACGAACACACCAUGAACUCAACGGUCGAACUGCUGCCAACAUCAUCGAACAAAAACAAAACCGAGCAGCGGUCGAGCUAGUGCUAUUUCCUUUUUCAUUCGAACUUUGUACUCUUAACGAAAUACAACGAGUUUACUUUUGUUACGCCGAGUAUCUUUUAUUCGUGAUCCGAUUCCUUUUCGCUCCGGUUUAUUCGCUUCCGUCGUUGUGGUUCCUGCGCGGUCGUUGCCCACAGGUUAUGGGCCCAGCAUGGAAAAAGUGAAAAGUGCGGAGGUCGGGGAAAUUUUCGGAUUGAUCGACGUGCCGGCGCGAGUUGAUUCCCGGGCGGCUUACACGUGCGAUUGAGAAGAUGGCGGACACUGCAAAGAUUGCGUUCCCGAAGCUCGGCCAGAGCAAUUGGGCCUCAUGGAAGCAGCGCAUGGAGUGGCUGCUCGAAAAGGAAGACAUCUGGGAAGUGAUAUGUGAAGAAAAACCCGAACCAGUGUCGGAAGAGUGGAAACUCCGGGACCGAAAAGCGCGUGCAAAUAUUGGUCUCUUUUUAGAAGAGAGCCAAU